CCCCAACUUUGACAGAAAGAGUUGUCGGGUUGUCUUUCAACCGUGUGACAAAUAAUUUGGGUGCGAAAAAUAUAUAUACAAAAAAAUAAAAAUGCAGAGCGGUGCCUAUGGGUCCUCUUUGGCCGGUGGUGCCUUCGACUGUGGGAGUUUUGUGAGACAGCCUCAGACUAUCUUGCGCUUCCUGAGCUGGAUAUUUUCCAUCGUGGUAUUUGGAACCAUUACAUCAGAAGGCUACACGAAUACAACCACCUUGAAAGAGACCCAUUGCAUGUUCAACGACAACGACCACGCUUGUGGUUUCGGUGUGGCAAUUGGAGUCUUGGGCUUUCUAGCCUGUGUUGCCUUCCUGAUACUGGACGCUCACUUUCCAAACAUCAGCAAUGCCAAUGAAAGGAAAUACAUUGUCACUGCAGAUCUGGCCUUCUCGGGUUUUUGGACGUUCCUGUGGUUCAUCUGUUUCUGUGUCCUGGCCAACCAGUGGUCCAAAACUAAUCCUGAAACGGUCAUAGCUGAUGCUGGCAGGGCUGUUCUAACCUUCGCCUUCUUCUCCAUCAUCACCUGGGCCCUUUUGUUCUACUUUGCGUACGGACGGUAUCGCCAGGGAGUGAGUGAAUUUAACCAGGACUACACGGACCCGGCCCACGACCACACCGCUCCGUACCCGUACGGCAACAAUGCUGCCCCCGCAGGCUACCAGCAGUCACCUUUCUCCAACAACCAGGGGAACCCAGGAGAGUACCAGCCCCCAAAUUACUGAAGAACUGAGAUUCAGGCGUGUAAAUCGUAGUGAGGAGGGUGGGUUUCUUUUUUUUUUUUUUUUGUUGAAUGACGUGCCAUUAGUUUUGCUGCUCUCGGCACAUCUUUCUGUUGGAGUGUUUCCAUACUCGUGGCCACACUGAUUUUAUUAUUAUUAUUUUUAUUGUUAUCAAAGUUGCUGCAUCGUGAUUGCGCGUUGUUUUUGUUUUUUAUGGAUGUUUUUUUUGUUAGUUGAAGUUUGACACAACUGAAAUCUGAAGAGACUUGUUUUUUCUUGUUGAAAGGUUGACUUUUGUUGUCUUUGUACCAAAAUGCUGAGUAAUUAAAUAGUUUCAGAUAUGAUUCCAAGUUAGAUUUGUUAAAACCAAAAGCAAAACAAUAAGAAGAAAAUCUGUUGUGGGUUAAAAAGUUUGAGAAUUUAAUAUUUUACGUGUGUGUGUUACUGUUGGGAACGCAAAAGUACUUUUUUAAUAUUGUUGUUCUAAUGUUGAUAGCAACUGUUUCACAGACAUAACUUGAUUUCUAGUUGAGCAAAUGUUGUUUGACCUCGUAGGAAUUAUUUUCUUUUAUCUACUGUAAUGGUUUUUCAAUUAACCACUGAAAAUAGGUUUAAAUGCACUGAUAAUUUCUUUUUCUGCAGUUUGAACUUGCUAUAGCUUUUUUAAACUUUUACAUGCUGCUUGUUUCGACAUAUCCAGAUCAUUUGGUUUGUGGUGUGGCUCAGAUGCAGAUAUUAGCAAAGAAAAAAAAGGAAAAUCAAACUAUUUUGGCACUAUUUUGAUACAUAGUAAUAAACUGAAGAUAUAUUUAUUAUCUUGCUUAAGAUUGACAUCCAAACUUUUUAAUAGCGCUUUUUCUACUUGAUUUUUUUUUUCAUCGCCUCCUGUGACUUUUACUGUUUCCUUCAAUGGCUUAAGAGUAAUUCCACAUUUAUGUGCCUUAUACAGUGUUCUGUAUCAGACUGGGUUUGCCAAAUAAAAACUGUUCCAGUUCA